AUGGGGCUUUUCACCACCCAUGACGCCUUCAACCCCAACAAAGACAUACCAUCAUUAAAGGACAAAGUCAUCCUUGUCACGGGCGGCAACAUUGGCCUCGGGAAACAGGCAAUCCUCGAAUUUGCCAAGCACAAGCCAAGGCAAAUCUGGCUCGCGGCGCGAAACCUCGACAAGGCCCGGGCAGCCGUCAAGGAGAUUCAGCAGCAGAUUCGUGAUGCGCCAAUCAGGAUCCUACAAAUGGACCUGACAUCUUUUGCAUCGAUUCGAAAGGCUGCUCGCAUUUUCUUGGAAGAGUCUGACCGUCUGGACGUGCUCAUGCUCAAUGCAGGCAUCAUGGCGACGUUGCCAGGGCUGACCGAGAACGGAUAUGAGGUGCAGUUCGGGACGAACCACAUGGGCCACGCGCUUCUCACCAAGCUUUUACUCCCAAUGCUGGACAAGACGGCGCAGAGCAGCCCGGAUGCCGAUGUGCGAGUGGUGGUGCUAACGUCGGAGGGUCACAAACUCGGCCCCAAAGCGGGAAUUCUCUUCGACACUCUCAAGACAGAAUACGCCCAUGUGGAUGCCUUUGUGCGCUACGGUCAGAGCAAGUUCGCCAAUGUCCUUUUCGCGCGGCGACUCGCUCAGCUGCGGCCCAGGCUGACCGUUGCGGCGGUGCACCCGGGGGUGGUACGGACGAACCUCGUGGCCGGCGCGACGGGCAUGUCGAAGUCGGCGCGGGUGGCCGGGCCGCUCGCCAACCUUGCGUUCACGCCAGUGAGUGAGGGAGUCAAGAACCAGCUGUGGGCAUCAGUAUCAAAGCAUGUCGUGAGCGGCGAGUACUAUGAGCCUGUAGGUGUCCCCGACAAGGUGCGGAAGCUGGGGAGGAGCGACGAGCUCGCAAAGGCGCUGUGGGACUGGACGGAGACGGAACUUGAAUCGCAAUGUGGCGAGCCUUCAUCGAAGUUGUGA